CCUCCCUCUAGUGACAUAGGCCAUCCCACUCCUGUUAUGAAAGCAAGCAAAUAAACCCCCAUUUGUUCCUGAAAAGCAGCAUGUCCUCAUACAGUUACAAAACCAGUGCUUAUCUAACCAGCAAACACACACAAUGAGUGUACCCGCCCUAGCUACUUUAUAAAGAGUCAGCGAGAGCCUUGACAAUUACCAGCACAUCUCCCUGGAAAGGUAGGCAUUAAAUACUGUAUUGUGCACAUCCAAGAGCAGUGACAGAGGCAGUCAGAGUGAUCUAUGAAUGUCUCGUUUUACAGUUUGUCAAAGGCAUCCUUCCUUAGACUAUGAGAAAGCGUUCAUUGUAAUAAGCGGGUAGUGCUGUCCAUGGGACUAUUUAGCCUCAAUUUUACAAUGUUAAUCACUAAAUUGUUAAUUGAUCAAAAAAAUUAUACUUUUACGUAAAAACCCCCCAAAAAGAGCAGAAUUGGAAAUGUUCGCUAAUUCAAAUUUUUUUUUCUGCUCAGCUUGUUUUAUCUAACAUUCCCAUGCCAGCUCCUGACAAUUGGUUGGUUAGUAAGUAUCUCUGACUGGGGUUUAUUUUCUGAAUGGUGGGCCGAAAACUGAACUGCACAUUUUUUGCUCACAACAGCAAAAUUUACGGAAACAAAUACAGCAGUAAUACUAAUUACUCUGAAGUGAUGGUGUGCGCAUUGUCAUGUGUUUAUAUUUUGGGGUUUACUCACUUUACACUGAGUUUUAGUGAAUUGGAAAACAAAUUGCACAAUUAAGGCAAAAAUAGCCAAGCUUUAACUAUAGAUGAAUUGGAAAAAAUGUCAGAAUCAGCUAUUUUUGUUUAAAAUUUGCAGAUCACUUUACAACUCAAUGCAAUUUAGUAUUUGCAAAUACAUUUAUUUUAUUGUCUUGUUUAGCAAAUUACUUGCUUUCUCCACCCCCCUCCCCACCACCCCCCACCUCCCCUAAAGUUCCUUGGAUAAUGAUGCUAUUUAAGCCAUGUAAGAAGGACUUUAAGAACACUCUCUCUCAGUAUAAAUAUAUGUAUAUAUAUUAUACACUGUUUAAGAACAUUCUCCUCAAAUUUCUUAUUCUUACAUUGCUUAAACAGCACCAUUAUCCUAGGAACUGCAGGGAAAAAAGCAAGUAAUUUACUAAACAAGACAACAAAUGUAUUUCCAAAAUGCUACAAUUGUAUUACAAUGUAAAGUGAAGGAAAAAGAAAUAUAUGGUCAAUACUAUCCACAGACUUCAGGUGGAAGGGGCUUUCAAUCACAAUAUUUCCCCACAAUAACUUUCUUGGUUUUUGAUAUCUAUUUUAUAUAUAUAUAUAUAUAUGUAUAUAUAUAUAUAUAUACAGGGCCGCCAUCAGGGGGUGACAACCAUGACGGAUGUCACGGGCCUGGCGGUUCUGGGGGGCCCAAACUGCUCUGGCAGUCCUAAUAUCGCUAACAAUGGGUGCAGCCGCGGGCCCCCGGCUCCCUGUUACCACAGAGGGGGCCCAGCACACUGCCUGUCCUCCUUUCUUCUAAUAACUCUCGUAAGACAUGCGGCCUUCUGAGCGUUGUCAUGGCACAGGCCGCGGGUCUCGCAAGAGUUAUUAGAAGAGAGAAGAGAGGAGAACAGGCAGUGUGCUGGGCCCCCUCUGUGGUAACAGGGAGCCGGUGGGCCCAACAUGCCUAUAUCUAUUGUACAGCGCUAUGGAGUUUGCUGAGAGGGAGGAUAUUAUAUACUGAUUCUACCAGAAGUUUUUUGUUUAAAACAAUUUUUCUACUAAUGUAUUUUCUUCUGAUAUAUUUAAAUAUAGACAUAGUGUAAUCGUUAAAAUUCAGUAUGAACUGAGUGUGGCUGAGAUGUUAUUCCUGCCCAGAUAAUUAUAUAGUAAGGAACUGACAAUUGACACAGGAAUUCAAAAUUUUAGGCCAUCAUAGCAAAGUUGGAAAAAUUGUACAAGUUACCAAUUUUUCCACUUGUCAACUAUGACUUCAAAUUUGCAAUUCCCUGCUCAGUCUAAAACGUUAUUUGUUUAAUGAAUAAAUCUCAUUGUAUUCUUUUGGCAUUGGUUACAUUAAGGCAUUAAAUGAAUACUCCAGCAGAUGUCUGCUAUUCUCAGCUUCUUACAGACUACCACAAACAGAAUCUGCCUACCCACUACCCCCCUCCCCCCCCCCAAAACUCUAUCUUUUAAAGAUAUAUCUUUAAAUGACGGUUUCACUUAUUGAAUAAAAGAAGAGCUGUAUAGGGCCAGCCAGUAUAUAAAGCGCCAACAAGUUCCGUAGCGCUGUACAAUGGGUGGACUAACAGAUUCGUAUUUGUAACCAGACAAGGACACAUAGGAACAGUGGGAUCGAGAGCUGUGCUCAAUGAGCUUACAUGCUAGAGGGCGUGGGGUAUAGUGACAUAAAUGGUAAGGGGGUAGAAAAGUAGGCUGCUAGGAUAGUAGAUAUAUAAAAUUAUGACAUUUUACAUUGGUUUUUUUUUUUUGUAGUCUCUAAAAUGUUCAAAACUGUGAAGCAAGCUAUAUUCUCUUCAGGACUUCAGUCACCAAAAUGCACUUCAGUGGUAAAUGAGGUAGGUUUCCUACAUUAUAUUUCCAUUUUGAAUGUAUUGAAUUUUGCAAGGGAGCAGUGAUGGACAAAUCUGUGCCACUAUACGCACAUAUCUGUUUAGUCGUUUAAAAUGACCACUAUGGAGUGCAGUCCAGAACACUCCAUCCGUGAGCAGGAAUAAAUGCAAAGGGGAAAGUAUGGCAUUAGGGCAGUGCAGGCUGUACUAUGAAAGGGGUUCAGGCCACGUUCGUGGUUGUGCUUAUGGUACACUCACACUACAUGAUCUGGUCAUGAAAAUAUGAAUAUCACCCUAAACAUAAACAGAAUGCAUUGUGGUAAGCAGCUCUAAGAAAGCCAUUUAGGAGUGAACACAGCCUGCAUCCAACAGCACAGUGUCACCCGCCCACCCUGUGCCAACAAUGUACAAGGAUGGCUAAAACAAAGCUGGAUUUAAAUAUUUAUUAAAGUGUGCAUCGGUCUGUCUAUCUGGCUCUAUGAGUUUGGAUAUCUGGUUAUUAGUAUGUGUGCAUAUAUGUGAGUCUGGGAGCUAGUGUUAGAGGGUUAAGUUUGUUUUAUUUAGGGGCCACAGGGCUGUUGGUGUCCCGAUCAGAGAUCAGCCAGUAUCGUACCCUUUUUUAAUUCUGUUGUUGUUCAAAGCAGUACUAUGUCUCUAUAAAUGCAUGUAAAAAAACAUUAAUGCUGGCAGUAUGUUUGAAAAGAGAGGGCAUAUUUAAAGGACUACUGUAGGCACCCAGACCACUUCAGCUUAAUAAAGUGGUCUGGGUGCCAGGUCCAGCUAGGGUUAACCCUUUUUUCUUUAUAAACAUAGCAGUUUCAAAGAAACUGCUAUGUUUAUAAUAGGGUUAAUCCAGCCUCUAGUGGCUGUCUCAUUGAGAAAGGUAAGAUUUUAACCCCUUCCUCUCCCCAGAGCCCGGCGGGAGGGGGACCCUGAAGGUGGGGGCACCCUCAGGGCACUAUAAUGCCAGGAAAACGAGUGUUUUCCUGGCACUAUAGUGGUCCUUUAAGCCUUACCUUCAUAAGCACUGUUAAUCUUUGACUAAAUGUACAUAGUUUAAAUAAAAAGGUCAUUUCAAAUGAACUUUGAUACGCAUCAUAACCUUGAAUUAUAGUCCUAACCUCAGAAAAAGUCUCGUUUUUAAACUGAAGCAUGAGUGCAAAAGCUGAUUUCAGAAAUGUUUUCCUUUUAGCCACUGAAUAUCAAGAAAUAACACAAACGUUGUGACCCGCAGAGCCAAUUAACAGACUUGUUUGCAAAAUAUGACCACUGCAUCAAACAUACAAAAUAUCACAUUUAAUGUAAAACAGUAUUUAUUUAACUUUAGGGACACUGUUUUACAUUUAGAAAUCCUUUUUAUACACGUAUAUUUUUAAUUUGUAUGAGGGGCAAAUAAGGCCGUAUAGGGAGUGUACAAAGAGUAGCAUAGUAUAGGAAGAGAAAAGUCGGUUGAGGUGUGCCGGAACCGAUGAUGCGGUAGGCCUGUAAUAAAAGAGGGCAAAAAUAGAUACAUGCCAGAACGUAGAACAAUCAACAACUGAUAUGAAAGAACUUAAUUGCAUAGUCAAUUGGUAAAUGCCUGUUGAAGAUCUUGUACGGAAUGUGGUAUGUAUGGGGAAUAUGCUGAGAACUUCCAUUGACCUAGAGAUAAAAUAUACCGGCCAAUAUGAACUAGUUUGAAGCCGUGGAUGCCACCCUAUCCUAGAGGGGGUGACCAGAAUAGUUGGACGGAUUGAAACUAGCCUCAAGAUCAAUGAACUAUAGGAUAGCAUGUAUUUCGUAGUUGUGACGACUGGUCCCUGUAGUGAUAUCUGUGGUUGUGAGGCUUGGUUACAAAGGGAGAGUAAAUAGGUACCCGGAACUUUAACCAGCACUCUUAAUUAUGCAAGGGGAAGUAAGGUAUUUUAACAUGUUGACCAUCUUGGGUAGACUUGGUGUGGGGUAGAGAAAGUCAAUAAUAGUCUCCUUGUUGGAAUAGGUGAGGCUUCCUGAGACAAUGCUGCAAGCUGGACGUGGUAGAUGUGGUAAAUAUGGGGGGCCUAAGGAACCGUUACACCAGCUAUAUAGCGGUUUUAACUACUAGGUUGGUGCCUGGUUCAUAAGGAGUGAUUGUGAUAGUGAUUGAAAUAAUUGGAUGCUGAUGGGAAAUCUGUAAGAUUUUAAUUUGUCAGAGAACCUGAACGCCUUGAGUAUGGUAAUAAUCUGGUAUGAGGACAUGAAGCUACGUAUGAUUUGUAAACCUAUACAACAUGUGAAGUUGUAAACCGGAUAUGUAUAGUUGAUGGUAUUAAGGGAUAAUGCAAGUUAGAAGUGGCAAAAGAAGCAAAAAACAUUCGGAGACAACACAGCAAAAAGAGACAGUAACAUUAUACAUGAAAAGGAGCCUCCAAAGGAGAAGGCGGCCCUAACACAUAUGUACCGCAAGCGUUAGUAGAAAGAGCCAGACAUAAAAGAUGAUGACUAGGAGUGAACGAGGCAGCGGCUACGGUAGAGACCAUAGGCUGAGCCAUGUGCAAUGCCCGGUGGAGCCAAAGGAGAGAUCGUAUGAGAUGGUGCAGGAAGUACGGCUGGGACUUAGCCAGAGCGGCUGAACCCAAUUACUCAAACUACUAACUGAAACCGCCCCAUAGACGACAGUAGCGAAAACAAACGGGGGGGAACAUCGGAGAAGUAAGAACGACUUGGGCCUCCUCCAGCAACAGCGUUAUCCGUGGAGACAGACAGUGACACGGACAGUUCAGAUGUCUGAAAGGCUGCCCAGGGAAGGAAUAAGUAGACUCCUAAGAACCGCAGCGAAGCGAGGAAGAGACCAGGAUUUGAAAAUGAGGUAGGAGUAGCCGAAUCUUACAGAUUGACGGGUACCAGGCCUAGCCGGAGAGCAGGGCAGGAGAAGUAUUAUGCCACUGCCUGGUAGCGCAGACAUGCUAGAAAAAGGAAGAGCUUAAACAGCGCAUAUAUGACCAGUUGUGUGCUGGCAAACUAGCUAAUGCCAAAAAGGCGAAUUAAAACUAGAUUUGGUGACAGGUGAGGCCCUGCUAGAUGCCAAGUGGCGUGAGAGUCACUAUCUAAGUGUGAGGGGGUAACGUGGCCACUAAAUGUUGUGGCGGGGUGUUGGCCUCUCGGUGACAGUUAAAUAUAAGAUUUAAGAAUGGGAGUGACAGGUGAGGCCCUCUCUAUGCCACAUGCUAGGCAACUAACUAUGAUUUGGCCCGAGGGGCAUAGUACCUCCGAGUAUUAGGAUGGGUGUUGGCCUCACGGGACCACUUACCUAAGGCGAAGAAGCCAGGGGGAAAUUGCAACUAGUGGACACCUAGGACCCUGACAGCCAGCCACAACUAAAUAACAGGGGAGGGUAGCGAGUGAGAGAGAGGACGUACCUGAGGAACGUGGAACGAAACGUUGGGGUGAUGCAGGAAAAUAAUGUUGCCCGAAAAACCUUGGAAGAAAAUGGUACGUAAACGGUUUGAGCAAUGUACCCAUCCAAAUAUAAAAUAGCUUGUGAUGUGAAAAAUGCAAACUGCAUAUAAAAACAAAUCAGAAACCGGCUGUAUGCAUUCUCAGCAAUCCGACCGCAUAGGUCUACAGAGAUAUCACUACACAGUGUAAUUUGAAAACCCACUAUACUGGGUUGAUUGCCAGAAUCCGAGCGGUUAUAGCUUAACACUUAGAUGUUGUUUCAGUUUUUUUUGUUUUGUUUUUUGUCCCCUACUGGGGAUCAUAUCGCUUUAACCCUAAAAGUGAGCUCCCAUCGAACUUGCAAUGGAGAAACACUAAUACCAGUGCCAGGGUAAACAAAAUAAAGUGUAAUUAGAAUGAGAAGCCGUAGUAACAGCUGCUGGCAGAACAUUGGUGUAUUGUGGUAUAUUCCCUGAAUCAGGAAUCCACGUUAGCUAUCUCGAACCUAAAAUGGCAACGUUUUGUUAAUUCACCAGAGUUAACUAUUUAGUGAAUUACUCCCCAUUUACUUAUUUAUGUGAGGCCGAAGCAAGGUAACAUUUGUGGUCACAUUGUGACUGCGUCCGCCUUCUACUACGACCGUGACCUUGUAGGCACUAAUUGCUUAUACCUAGCAGUGUCCAACAGUGACUUUUAUGUGGCGUCUAAGCUAGAUUACAGAGAACUGAGAAAAGGCUCCUGUUUUUGUUUUUUGUUUUUUAUUUUAUUUUUUAUUUGAGGCAUUCAUAACAAAAAUACAGGUAUCACACAAAUGCACAGUUUGUUUUCUGUGAGGUAAGUGUUGCAAAAAACUUGGGAACAGUAGUUUCCGAGGAAGCCACAAUAAUGGUACUGCUUAUUGCUCAACUGUUACCUGGUUAAACCACCUUUUGCUAGUCUAGAGUGAAGAGAACAGGUGUACCGGUAUAAGAGAUUAUUCGGCCUUGGUGAAUAUUUAAAACUUGUCAACCCUGGAGCCACACAAGUUUGGUGUUUUGUAUGAGGCUAGGACUAGUGUUGCGUAUGGACAUGGUGUCAGUGGAAACAGGAUUAUUUACUAAACAGUGAAUUGGAAUUGAAUUUGAAAUUCAAGAUAACUAUAUGAAACAUUCUCUAAAUUUGAUUUCAGUUAGACUACUGUGGUCUUAAAUGUGAAAUUCCUUUUUAAUCCUCUUUGAAGUCUCACUUUUAGUAAAUUACCCUUUAAACCUUUCAACAGCUCUUUUCUCCAUAGACCUAGCACACAAUUGCACUGCCUGUGCUUAGGGAGGUUAGCAAUUCCUUUGGGACCUGCUUCACAUAGAACACAGAAUCCCAAAACAACAUAAUUAUCUUUCUAGUACACAGUUGUUGUUUUGGAGGAAAGUUCUAAAAACUCUCUUCCAAAACAACUGUGUGCUAGAAAGUGUCAGUUAGAAUAAAAACUGUAAUAUUAUUGUUUCAUUCUUUUAUAAUUUGUAGGUGAAAUGAUGUACAAAAUGUGAAUUCAAAAUGAAGUUCAUAUUUUAGGCCAAAAUAAACAAACUGAAAACCUAGCUGAUUAUUUUUUCCUAAAUUUUGAAAUUCGUUUUAUAUUCUGGACAAUUCACACUUUUCGGUUAGUAACUGUAAAAUUAUUUUUGUCAACUAAAAAAAUUCUCUGAUAUCAGAAAGGGUGUUUUUAUCUUGUCACACAGUUAUCUAUGUGGUUGCUAUGCAUGGCUUGUGUUACACAUGUGUUUUAUGUUAAAGGCUUCAGAAUAUGAAACUCGGGAGUACGAACCUUCAAAAUGGGUGAGCACUGCAAUAGGAACGCUGAAAGACUGGGACUCUGCCACCGGUUCUGGGUUCAUGCGUCUCUUCAGUUAUAUCCAAGGAAACAAUGAAAAUAGUAAGUCCAUUGUGCAUCAUAUGUAGUUGAAUGUAUAUCUUUGUUUUAAUCAAUGUGUAUGAAAUAGGCUUAAUCAUAAAAAAAAAUGCAUGGAACUUUUCACAGUUGUGAAAGUUCGUUGUCAAGGUGUUCUCAGCCCUUUUCUUAAAAAAAUAAAAAUAAAUAUAAUUAAUUUACUAAUCUUAUCUCUGGGCUACCUGGAUGAAAAUUGCUAUUGGCAGUGACCAUUUGGCAAAUUCAUUAUUCCUGAGUUGCCCAUAUGAACUUGGUUUUCUGUGUUCUAACCUUAUUGUUACGUCCCAAGUGUUCUUGGUCCAACUAUAAGUCUGCAAAAAAAACCUUUUUUAUUUAAUGUUUGUUUCUGGAAUAUUUUACAAACAUUGCUGUCUUUGGUAUAUAUAUAUAUAUAUAUAUAUAUAUAUAUAUAUAUAUAUGUGUGUAUAUAUAUAUAUAUAUAUAUAUAUAUAUAUAUAUAUAUAUAUUUCUCUUUUAAAAUGUUUUUAUUUUGCAUGUUUUCUUUUAUUUUCCCACCAAAAUACACACGCUUUUUGCAUGAAUUAAAUACUGUAAAAUUUCAAGUACAUUAAAAACUAAAUAGUUAUUGUUUGUGAUCUAAAUUUUGCAACUCACUAACAUUUCUUAAACAGGGGAGUUUUUCUAGAUGAAUUAUACUUGUCAUAGUAUUGCAAUUUACUUGUCACCCCAACAACUCACUCCUUCAUAUAAGCUAAAUAAAAUCUGAUAGACUUCCUUCCUAUUGAUGUUUGCUUAUUUGUUGCUUAUAUCUAGAGGAGAAGAUUGAUAUGACAGUGCCUGUGACAACCUUUAUUCAGCCAGGGGAAGGACCGGCAUGUGAAUCCAAUCUCACAAUUUCAUUUUUUGUCCCGCUCGAGCACCAAGAUAAUCCACCAAAACCAACAGAUGAGAGUGUCUUUAUUGAAGAACGGCCACAAAUGACUGUUUAUGUCAGGUAAACACAAGACAGUGCAUGCUUGUCCAUAGGGGCACUUGAUGCAGCACCCCACCAGUUUUUAUGUGAGAAAAAAUACCUGCCUGUCACUAGUAGUUUUAAUAACUCCUACUGCACAUUGCCUAGUGUAGGCUAAGCUGCCCUGUGCCCACCAUCUUCUUUGGAGUAAACAGUGGCUCUGUAGCUGAGACUUGAGACAAUCGUGCUGCACUAGUUAAAAAGUUGUAAAGUUCCACACUGUAGGACUGGGGCUGUGACUCUGAGGACUGAGCUGACUCUGAAUUCAAUUUGCAAUGAUUGUUGCUGCUAUUAACCAUCUUUAUCAGCCCUAUAUUAUCUCUGCAGGUUAAUCAUAUUGCCAGAUGCAAAAAUAAUUCUGGAGUCUCUCAGUAUCCUGGUGCUUUAACCUUUUGUACACGGUGUGCUGAGUGAGUCAGGUUUGGCUGACAUGUUUAACAGCAGCAACAUUUACUAGUUGUCAAAACAAGAGCACUACCAAACAUCAGAUCAGAAAAGGAAGCGCUAGAGAGUCAGAGAGAGCUGAAGCAUUAUACAGAGACAUUAUACUGUGUGGUUAUGUGUAAUCCCCAACAGUCCCCCUAGUUAUAUAGGAUAGUUAUGGGUAUCUCCUUAUUUUGCCAGCUGUGUGUGUUGUGUAUCUCUGUAUUUUACUCAGCUCUGCCUGUUGUCUGUAGUCUACCCAGCAAUGUGUAUUUUAUGGGUAUUUUUGUGUUGUGCCCAGCUCUGUGUUUUGUAUAGGUAUCUCUAUUGUACUGGGUUAUUUGUGUUGUAUCUGUAUCUCUGUAUUGUAUCUGGCUCUGUACUUAGCUCUGUGUAUUGUAUAGAUAUAUCUAUGUUAUAACUAGCGCUAAGUAUUGUAUGAGUAACUUAACAUUGAAUGGGUCUACCAUUAGGGACCGAAUACAUGAGAUUAAAGGAACACUAUAGUGUCAGGAACACAAACACAUAUUCCUCAAACUAUAAUGGUGAAAUAACUAUUUUGGUCCCUGUCCGCCUCUCUUUAGAGUAAAAAUGUGAUUUUACUCACCUUUUUCACAAACUGCACUGGUCUCCCACUGCUAACCCGCCUCGUAGGAAAGCAUUUGGAGGCUAUUGCGCAUGUGUGGCAGAAAAGGCAGUGUUUACACUAAAAAUCCUGCAGAGGCAUGCUAAAGACACCAGAACAAUAAGCUGUAGUUAUUCUGGUGACUAUAGUGUCGCUUUAAGUGGACAGAUUCCACAGAUCCGAGGAUGGUGGCUACAGAGUUAAAAGGUGGAGUAAUAUUCUGGGAGAGUAGUCUGGCAUCCUGCCAUCAUAGCCACCACUGCACAAGACAGUGCUACAAGACUAUUUAUUAAAUCCCAUUUUCUUCUUUCAUAACUAGUCUACACAAACUAGCUGUAUAAGAGUAGUCAACUAGAGGAGAUCAUUUGUUCUUAUUAAAGAUUAUUGCCUUGUUGUGGUGGCAUGUAAGCUGGAUAAUUUACUUGUAUGAGAGAAUGCAUUAUUUUAUUAGGUGAUUUACUUCUGUUUUAGCAAAUCCAUAGUUGGUAACUGCAAUGAAAACUACUGAUCAAAAUAUCAGUUGUAUACUUUAACCUCUUCAGGGGCAUUGUUGAGUUACCCAGUACCCAGGGUUUGAGCUUAAAGUAAACAUUUAUAAACUCUGGCUCUUUGCACCUACCCUGGUCCCAAUUUUGAUUCUACUCCACUCCAUUCCUUACCACCUAUCUAGACUUAUAGGGGCAGGCAUAUGCAUGGAGAGAGAUACAUCUACAUACAGAUCAUGCAUAGAUAGAGGCACACAUUUGCACACCUAUAAUGCAUGCAUGUUCCUGUACAGACAGAAGCACAAGUGAAUAAGCACAGUGCCAAAUUGUCCUGCCCCUCUACUUCCUUUCCUAGUUUAGGGCCUUAAUCAGGUGACACUCUCAGCCCAUCACUAGAUCCCUAUUCAGAAAACCGAGAUAAAAAAAUAUAUCUGCCUUUUUCACUCAGUUUUCUGAAGGGGAAAUGGUGAUAGACUGAGAGCGUCAGCUGACGCUAUCAGCAGCACCCAGUUCGAGGCUAGCUGAUUAAAGCCUCAGACCAAGAAAGAAAGAAAUGGGGCAGAGUGAUCAGGUGCCAUCUUCCAUAUUUUGGAACACUGUAGGCACAAUAAUCGUUUCAUCUCAUUUCAGUGUCCCUCCCAGCCCAAACAUAUCUCCUUCUUUUAUUAUCCCUCUCGAUAUUCAUGUAGUAGUCCUCCACUGCAUUUGUCCGCAUCGGGCUAACCGGGCAAAUGCGUGAUGGCCAAGGCCGACCUGGGAGAUCUUUUGUCUCACUUCCGACAGGGACCCCAGUGCUAUAAUCUCAUGAGCUCCGGUUACUGAGACCAUUGCUGCGGGUUACCAUGGCAACAGUCUCAGUACUGCUGGAGCUCGUGUGAAGCAAUGCGCUGAAAGCCAGAAUGUCACCUUCCCUUAGCCAAAGGUAACAAAAGGAAAGGGGAGGGGGGGUGGGGGGAAAUAUUUCUCUUCUUUUUUAUUUUUAAUUGUUUGAUUUUUUUAUUUUAAUUAAUAUUUUUUCCCUUGUGCAGUCUGAACCCCUUAUGCCCCCUCACACACACAACAGCUCCAUAAAUAUAAACUAAAGCCCCUAUAUACACAGUCACACACUUACAAAACACUCACAAUCAAAGCACUCUGUAGCCCCCUACUCACACUACAGCCUAUAUUAAUAUACACACAUUACAUAUACAUACACAUUAUACAUAUCUAAGCACACUACAGCCCCUCGAUGCACACACCCUCCAGACACACAUUACAUCCCAUAUAGAAACAAAUACACUACACCUUCUAGACACACAAACAUUCACUAUAGUCCCUAAACACAAACUACACUGUACACACAAACAAAAGCCCUUUGUACAUAAACAAACACAUUACAGCCCCUGUACACACACACACACACACUACAGCCCCUCCAUACACCCACACAAUGACCCUAUAGACAAACAUGCACACUACACCCCCUAGAAACACUACACUCCAUAGAAAAGUACACACACAUGCUUUCUCGCUCUCUCUCUACAAAAGCUAGACAGACAGAUGCACACACACACACAAUCUCUACAGCCCCUAGAUGCACACACUUUUCAGCAAGUGGAAAUACAUACACACUACAGUGCCUAGCCACCAAUAGUACACUACACCGCAAACAGUCGCCUCUAUACACACGCAAUCCUCCAACUGGCCUCCAACUACAUUCUGCACGAAAGAGAGCUUCCCCACACAUACACAAAGUCCUUUACUGGCCAUGCCCCACUUUUGUCCUCUGGUAUUCCUCUUUUAGGAACACCAGAGAAAAGUCACCAGCAAACGCUGUGCUGUGUAAAACAAACACUCGGCAUUGCUCCCAUGUGUGAGCUUUUCAUCAAACUAACCUACUCACUUUGAGGUGGUGUGUUUCACUGUUGAUGACAUGACACGCCCCUCUCACUCCCCUACUACUGGACUGCUCUUCCUUUAAAUGCCCGGGCUGAAUUUUUUUCCCAGUUUGUCAGUUCCCUGCAGUCCCUCUUCAUUUUCAAUCAAUUAUUAACUUCAUUGCACCAUUCUUAACCCAUUAAGUUCCAAAUUCUUAACCUUUUCAUUGAAUAUAUUAACAAUAGGUGUGGAAUAUGUGGCGCUGGGUAAUUAAUGUGAACAGUAUAUUUUAGCUGCUGUUUACACUCUACGGGUACUCCUAAAAGCCCUCCAUACAAAGAUAAACACCAAAAGACGAAAAAGAUUUCAGAUCUAAUGGGUGUUACCACCCCUUAGGUCUUCUAUCUUUAUGAGUGCAGCGCUGUGUAGUAUGUGAAAACACAGUGAAUUACCUGUGAUUCAAAGGCAAUUAUCCUUUAUAUUCUCCAAUGUAAUAUAUAUACAAAAGAAAACAGAAAUAUAUACAGAUAAUUGUGCAGUAUAUCUAUUACUUUAGUGAAGUGUUUAGUGGGUAACAUAUAUAUCUCCACUCACAUUUUUUAGAGCCUUUUCAAGUGAAUUAGGCUCUAAACUUUCGUGCAUCUGUGUCUUUAAGGGUAGAUCACACGACCCCUCUCUCCAGGUUAAGUGUGUAUUUUUUCUCUCCCCAGCGUAUAUAUGAAAGACACAGAAUUAUCCAACUAAGUGUAGCAUCCUCUGCAAUAUUUUCAUAUAAAUAACAAAUUGAAGUGCUCACCUUAUUUAGAGCCUUUUGGUAACUGGCUCUAAGUAUAUAGGCCUAGUGUCAGUUUGUGGGGUGACACUGCCCCUUCCCUGGAAUCACUGGUGCUGGAUACAGUGGAUAGUAUAAAAUAAGGGAAUUUAUUACAAUAUAUAUAAAAACAGUAUAAAAAAUAUUUUUCUAGAAAAUAAAAAAUUGGAUAAGAACAAAUUAUUGCAAGUAUUGGUGGUUCAGGAAAAAUAAUGAGUCCACUUUAAAAGCCAAAACGCGUUUCGCCGGUAAAAACGGCUUCCUCAGUCAGCUUGUGAGUGUCCUCUUCAUGUUCUGUAAUUUAAGCGUCCAAAAUCCCGCCUAAAAUGUCAUCUUCCAAUCAGAUGGGUCUUUUUGUGUCAUGUGACGCGGCUAAAAUGCCGCCGCGUCACUUCCGGUUUUCGGCACUACAAGAUCCAGAGUGCUUUGCGCUUAGCGCGUCACUUCCGGUUUUCGUCCGGUUCUUUGUGGGAAAUAUAGUCCGCACUGGGGGUUUUAUUCAGUUCAUAUUAGAGCCCUCUUUGGCUCAUAUACAGUUAUACAAUGCAAAUAGAAGAAAAAAAGAAACAUUUUAAUAAAAUGUUAUUGUAUAUGUCUUAUCAUAUAUUACUAUUUCUCCAUAUGUGUUCUAAAUUUUGAAAGGCAAUAACUUCAAUUAUAUUUCAACUCUUUUGUCAAAGUGUAUGUUUCUUUUUUUCUUUUGUAUAUAUAUUACAUUGGAGAAUAUAAAGGAUAAUUGCCUUUGAAUCACAGGUAAUUCACUGUGUUUUCACAUACUACACAGCGCUGCACUCAUAAAGAUAGAAGACCUAAGGGGUGGUAACACCCAUUAGAUCUGAAAUCUUUUUCGUCUUUUGGUCUUAACCUUUUCAUUGCCCACUUUUUAAUCCUUGCAGACCCUCUGUAAUCCCCUCUCUACCCAUCAUCCAGUUCUUAACACAAGUCGCCCUUGUCUCCAUAUAUUACUUGACAUCAAAAGACCUUCUUCAUCCAGUAAGUCAAUACUUAACUCCUUCCAACUCACCUCACUCAUCUAUCAAUACACAUGCGUAUACGUGGCAAUGGCAGCACUCGCAUUAGGAUUAUUAUUAUUAUUCAUUCCUUUCCUGAUGCUGGAAGUCCUCAUACAGAAAGUUAAUGAAUUAAGUGUAAUUUGUAGGAUUAAUAACAAUAAAUAGUAGCAUUAGUGUUAAAGGAUUAGAGUUUGGGCAGGAGCAAGACAUUUUAAAGCAACAGCACUGCUGAGGUACUAGUAUGACUUGGCUUAACUACCUUCAAUGUAAAUAUAUGAAAUACAUCUUACUAUUCUUACUUAUUCUCUUCCUUUCAAAGGAUGUUUGGAGGGUUUACCAAUGCAUCAAAGAACCAGGAACAGCUUCUCCAGCUGUCUGAGAGCUUGAAAAAGGAUGGGAAACCAUUUGAUGAAAAUACGUACUAUUCAGCUGGCUAUGAUAGUCCAUUUAAGCUACUGAACCGACGAAAUGAGGUGUGGUUUUUAGCAAAAAGCUAAAAAUAGAAGAAAUUUCCUAAGAAAAUUGACUCACCGAAGGCCUUUUAAAAUAACUAAUUUACUACCUAAAGACUAAUUAUGCUCUUUUUAGCGCUAAUCAUUUAUUCUAUAGUUGAUCAAUGCUGUGUCAGAUGUCUUGACAAAUGUAAUUGUUGCUUAAAACAGAAUAUACAUGUAAACUGACCAUUACUUUUUUUCAACUCUUGAUGGAUUAACUGAAAACAUCCAAUUUAUGAAAUUCAUAGAGUGAUCAAUAUGGGAUAGUAAGACUCAAGUGACAUCCGUGAAAAAAAAUGUUAACUUCACUAACCUUGAGUCCUUAUAAGUUGUGUUUUGGUUUUUAAUGUUGGUGCUUGUGUGGUGUCUGCAAAUUUGCCUCAAUGUGUUGUGUUCAUGUUGCAUUCAUUGUUUUUACUCACUACUUUCUUUUUUGUUUCUUAAAUUAUAAGACUUUAUAACUUCUACAUAUAAAGCCAUAAUAAGUCAAUUGUACCUAAAUAUAUUGAUAGAAAGAUGCUGCAGUUUAUUCAUACACCUGUAACAAAAUAUUUACUUGUAAAAUAAGUAACUUCAUAUUGGUGCUUUGUUACAUUGGCACAUAAUCUGUGCCACAUUUACAUUUUCUUUUUUUAAGCACAGGUCUUUUUUCUCUGCAAGUCUUACUUUACACAGGUCAGACAAGGAUUAAGAUCCCACAGGUCUUGUUACCAAUGUGCCCCCCUCCAUUCUUCACAUAGGGAUGGUUAAUGGGGCCAUACAAAUCUAUGUUUCUGCGACCAAUGUCUAACCCCUGGGCCUUACGUGGCUAACCCUGGUCUGACACGGGUGCCUGAUUGUAGUUUGUGUCCUAUGUUAUCUCUGGAGCCUCCUGCGAAAUGUGUAUCUUGUAGUUCUGCAUUGAAAUUGUUACUGGCCCAGAUUAACAAUCAAGUAAAAUUUAAGACGAUUUAACUUUUAUAAUGAAAAUAAAUUAUGUAAUAGGUCAAUUAGUUUUUUUUUAUACUUUAUGUAUUAACUUUAUUUAUACACAUUGUUGCUUUACUCAAUUAAAUGCUGCUGUAAAACCAAAUUCUGUCUAGAUUCACAAUAUAUUUUAUUUAAAUGUUGUAUUAAGCAUUUCACAAGCUCACAAAAUAACAUAACAAAAGGUAGAAAGUGAGGAAGCCAAGUAGAAAAUUUGUCAAGGAAUAGUGGAGGAAAACCAAGGUGGAUGUGGGUUGAAAACACAGAGGACUGAAAAGACGAUGUGUUGAACUUCAAAAGACGGAAUAGAGAAAAAAAGAGAAGGUAGCAAGGGAUGGAAGGAACAAUGAUCACAUUGUCUGGGUUAGCUACAAGUCUUCAUAGGAUAGAGGAACAGGGGAAGCAAUGUCAUUGAGGCAUGGACUCCAUUGUCAUGAUGGUGUAUGUGGUCUACACCAUCAUGGUGUACAUUGUACGUGGUAUACACCAUGGACUCUAUUGUCAUGAUGGUGUAAGUGGUCAACAACAAUCUCUACAUUCACAUUAAUGCCAGGACCAAAGGUUUUCAAGCAGAACAUUGCCCAGAGCAGAACACUUUGCCAGCCUGCCUUCUUCCCAUAGUACAUCCUGCUGCCAUCUCUUCCCGAGGUAAACAAUGCACACGCACUCAGCCAUCCACCUGAUCUAAAAGAAAAUGUGAUUCAUCAGACCAGGCAACCUUCUUACAUUGGUCUAUAGUCCUGUUCUGAUGCUCACAUCCCCAUUGAGUGCGCUGUCAACAGUGGACUGGGGACAUCAUGGGCACUAUGACCCAAAAUGCAAUCUGUGAUGCACUGUUCUGACACCUUUCUCUCAUGUCCAGCAUUACAAUUUUCAGCAAUUUUAGCUACAGUAGCUCUUCUGUUUUAUUGGACCAUAUGGGCUAAUCAUAGCCCCUACACACAUUCAUUAGUCUGUGGCGGUGGCACCGGUUCACCAGUUGUCUUUCUUUGCACCAAUUUUGGUUGGUAGUAACAGGGUGCUGUGUAUGUCUGAGGGUGCUGUUAGUGUGAGUAUGCUGUGUGUGUGAGUGGGCUGUGUGUGUCUGAGGG